UUUUUUACAGUGAACAUAGUAAUCAUUGUGUUGGCUGCAGUGGUCUUCCUGCUGAUCUUGCACCAUAAUCUGCUGGGUCUGAGCGACAUACUGAAGCGGCAAAAUUCAGAUUCUAGUCCUGUGGGAUUUCAGCGUAUUGAUUUCUUACCAGAAGCUCCUGAAAGUCUAUCUGAAGAUAAGAGUGCCAUGGAUAUUACUGUGGUCAUCACUGCUGUAGAAAGUAGACUUGGAGGAGUCGUCACUACAAUAAAUAGUAUAUUCAGUAAUACAAAGUCCAGUGUCACAUUCUACAUUGUUGCAAUGAAUGAUACCAAGGAGCAUUUAAGGACAUGGCUUGGUGAAACUAAACUAAAAAAUGUUAAAUAUAACAUUUUGGAAUUCAAUCCCCAGGUGCUUGAUGGGAAAGUUCGAGCUGAGGCUAGUGCGAAACCUGUAAGUAAACUAACAUUUGCUAGAUACUACCUCCCUGAUUUGGUCCCUGGAGUAGAGAAGAUCAUAUAUCUAGAUGAUGAUAUCAUUGUGCAAGGUGAUAUUCUGGAACUUUACAAGACUCCAAUAAAAUUUGGACAUGCAGCUGCGUUUUCAGAGGAUUGUGAUUCAGUUACAUCAAAAUAUCUUGUCAGAGGCGCUGGUAAUCAGUACAAUUACAUUGGAUAUUUUGAUUACAAAAAAGAGACAAUUCGUAAACUGGGAAUGAAAGCCAAUACUUGCUCAUUUAAUCCAGGUGUCUUUGUAGCCAAUCUGACUGAGUGGAAGAGACAGAACAUUACCAAGCAACUUGAAAAAUGGAUGCUAUUGGAUAUGACUGAAGAACUAUAUAGCAAGACCCUGGCUGGCAGCAUUACUGCACCCCCACUCCUUUAUUGUCUUCUACAAGAUGCACUCUAGCAUUGAUCCUAUGUGGCACGUCAGGCACUUGGGUUCAAGUACUGGGAAGCGUUAUUCUCUUCAGUUUGUGAAUGCUGCCAGGCUUCUUCAUUGGAAUGGACAUUUUAAACCAUGGGGAAGAGCAUCCUCAUACUCUGAGAUCUGGGAGAAUUGGUACGUUCCAGACCCUACUGGGAAGUUUCAGCUCAUCAGGAGACACACAGAUACUGAUGAAAGGAAGUGA